AUGGAGACAGUAGAUGACUUCGAUACCAUUGAUGUGGAAUUGGAUGAGUUUUUCAAACACAAACAAAGAAGUCGAUGCAAAGAUGAGUUCCUAAAUACUCUCACAGACGAAGCGCUUGACGAAUGCACCAUACCUGAGAUAAACCUAAAUGAUUUUGAAGGAAUGUCAGAAGAUGAAGCACCGCAGGAGAAGCAGAGUGAUAGUGAAGGUGACGAUGAAGACAAAUUGCAGUUUCAAUACUCAACCCAUGAUCCGAAGGUGAAAUGGAACAAUAUGAAGCCAGUUCUUGGAGAGAGAUAUGAAUCACCACACCAAUCCAAACAAGCUGCAAAGGAGGACAAUGGUGAAAACAAGGAGGAGAGUGACUAUGAAGAUGGAGUUGAAGAAUCACAGGAGGACAAUGAUGAAGAUGGAGCUGAGGAUGAUGAAGAGGGAGUUGAUGAUACUCAAGUUAGGGUUAGAACUCAAGUCAUGGGAUAUGCCCUUUCCUUUUGUAAACACUUUGGCUGA